CACCGACUUUUCUAAACCUGCUGUGAUUUUUGGCGGUUACAUCUCUACAGCGUACUGUUCGUGAUAGAAAUGUGUAAUACUUUAGUCUUCCAGAUCGUGUUAUUAUGAACACUUUUGAAGAAAGAUGAAUAAUUAUAGUUUCAUCAGGGUCGUUGGAAAAGGGAGCUACGGGGAGGUGAACCUGGUAAAACACAAAACAGAGCGAAAACAGUAUGUCAUAAAGAAGUUGAAUUUAAUCACCUCUACUCGACGAGAACGCCGUGCUGCAGAGCAAGAAGCAUGCCUUCUGUCCCAGCUGCGACAUCCUAACAUUGUGACUUACCGAGAGUCUUGGGAAGGGGACGACUGCAAGCUGUACAUUGUGAUGGGCUUCUGUGAAGGAGGUGACCUCUAUAACAGACUCAAGCAGCAAAAAGGGGAGCUCUUACCUGAGAGGCAGGUCGUGGAAUGGUUCGUCCAGAUAGCUAUGGCACUCCAGUACCUGCAUGAGAGAAACAUUCUUCACAGAGACCUUAAAACACAGAACGUCUUCCUCACAAAAAACAAUAUCAUCAAAGUGGGUGACCUUGGCAUUGCAAGAGUAUUGGAGAAUCAGAAUGACAUGGCUAGCACACUUAUAGGGACACCGUACUAUAUGAGCCCAGAGCUCUUCUCUAAUAAACCGUACAACCAAAAGUCAGAUGUAUGGGCCCUGGGAUGCUGCGUAUAUGAAAUAUCCACGUUGAAACAUGCCUUUAAUGCCAAGGACAUGAACUCACUGGUUUAUCGCAUUGUAGAAGGAAAGCUGCCACAGAUGCCCAAUAAGUAUGAUCCCCAGCUGGCAGAGCUUAUCAAGAACAUGCUGUGUAAGAGACCCGAGGACAGACCAGAUGUCAAAAUCAUCCUCCGACAACCUUACAUCAAACGACAAAUUGCUAUUUUCCUUGAGGCCACCAAAGAGAAAACUGCCAAGUCAAGAAAGAAAACUGUAAGUGGUGGUAUUGCCAGCAGGGACAACAGCGCAUCAGUGCAGCUAAAACCUGAAAGGCUCCCUCUAAGUCCUCAACGUGACCCUCUUGUCAGAAUGAAACAGAAAGAGAAGUCACAACAGCUUCAGAGCCAGAAUGCUGUUGCACAAUGCCAUUCAGCCCAGACACCUCCACCAUGCAAAUCAUCUUCACCUGAUGCUCUCAAGGACAGCACUGUUGACCUAGCAACUGCCAGCAACAUUAAUGUUGACAUUCAAGUGCAGGAGGAUGAGCAUCUGGUGAGGAAACCGGUUCAGAAGCCGCACUCAACUGUGUCCCACCAUCAGGACAACAGUGAACCUGAGACUGACAAAGUGUCCAAGAGCAGCAAGAGGAGGAGGAAACCAGCUCUAUCUCCUGUUUUUUCUCAGCAGCCCCCUCUUCUGUCCAUAUCAGGUAUUGAGAUUAAGGAACCUGAGGAAAUUGGGGUUUCUGAUGAGCCCUUUGAUAUUCAUCCGCAGGUCAAACCAGAUGCAGGGGACACAUUUUCUGUUUUUGUGGAUAAACAGAUAUCAGACAGGGACGAUAAAGAUGACACGAUGGAGCUACUUAAAGAGGCUGACAUACAGAAUGCAAAGAUCAAACUCCAGAAACAUUCUGACGUUUCUGUGAGUAUUUCAAAGAACAGAUUUGGAAAUAGACCUAAUAAAGAAAACAUUGCUGAUGUUUUGGGAGUAAAUAUGGACGAUAAAAACCACACUCUGAUGUACUCCAAGGAAUACAAUACCUCAGAUAUUCAAGUAAACCCAGAAUCUACUGAAAAGUUGUUAGAGCCCUUCCCUCCUGUCACAGCACAGGUGACCCUGCCAAGACCUUUACCUCCACCUCCUGCAGAUACCAAAGCUACAGAGGCGAGGAAGAAGAAAAACAGACUGAACACAGAAUAUAAGAAAUCAGGUGUGGCUGAAGACUCCACGUCAGUUAGUUCCUGUCAACAUGGAUUGUUGCCUCUUCCAGCUCAGGAUCGUCUUCUCUCUGCCAGAGAGAGGAGGAGACUGAAGAAAUCCCAGGACACCACCAGUCUGCCAGGUUCUGUAAGAAGAGCAUUUUAUGAUGUCACUUCCUUCCAGGCUGAGCAUUGCAAUACCCCAGUUUACAGAUCUGUUUCAGAUUCUGUCACUGUGGUCAACAGUAAGCAGGAUGUGUUUUUCGAGCAAAGGUAUGAUGAAGAUGAGUGCAGCUCAUCCACGAGUUCUACAGAGCGCUCUGAGGGAGACUGCAGAGAAAGGAAGACUGAGUCAAAUGACAUGCAGGACUUGGUCCAUAUGAUGACCCAGACUUUGAGAAUGGAUGAUGGAGAUGGUCUGAACGCAGUGAACCGCAGCACAUUUGGCUCAUCUGCUCUGCCAGAGUUUAAACUGAACAGGAGGUACAGAGACACCUUGGUGCUUCAUGGAAAAGCUGAUGUAGAAGUAGAAAAGCUGUCACUUGCUGAAAUACCAAAAGGCUCCACGUCUGGUCCAGCCAAGAUACAGAGGGCAAUAGAGCGCCUGAGGACAGAUGUGGUGAAGGGACUGGGGAUUAGACUCCUGGACAAAGUACUGCUGCUCAUGGAAGAAGAGGAUGAUACCAAACAAGAGCUGUGCCUUCGUGCUGAGAUGGGGGAUAAGUACCAAACCUAUGCUGUGAUGGUGAGGCAACUGAAAUUUCUUGAGGAUGUUGCCUGCAGGGUUUAGAGAUCACUGUACAUACAGUAUAUAUUCUUCAGUCUGUACAACUUGCAAAUUCUAGGAAAUCUUUCACUUUUCUCAACCAUUUCACAACUUUUACGGUCACUGCCCUUAGCCAUCCACUGUACAGACAAACCAGCAGCAUUUACAAAUAUGGAUUACUUUUUUGUUGUUUUUUUUUUUGUUUUUAAUAAAAAUAAAGCACUUCGUUUGUGGCAUUGCCAUAUUUGUAGCUGUAUACUGUAGGUUUUUAAUCCUAUUCCAUUACCAGUAGACAAUUGCUGAUUUUCUAUGCAAAGAUUGAGCCAUGUUACAACUAUUUGUUAUUGUGAAGUAAUUAUGGUACUUUCUAAAAAUAUUGUCCAUAUUUCAGUAAUUGUUUCUAUGGUGUAUCUUUGAAGACACUAAUUUUCUGUUGCUUUUUCUUGAACACUAAAUGUAACAUUGUACUACAGAUACUGACAUUUGAAGUAUUUCUAAUUACAGUAAUAAAAUUCAAA